AUGGCGCCAGAUAUUCAAGUGAAGGGAGAGAAGAAGAGGAUUAUGGUUAUGGCCGAAUACACAGGUCCUGGUCCGGCCAAAUACAACCUCCCGACGACGGUUGGAACCAAAGAGACGGACCAGACGAAGAGAGGAGCGCCGUCAUUCUCAUUCGGCUCCAGACAAUUCAGAUUCCGGCCCAGUGGUCCGGGUCCGGCCUACAAUUUAGACAGUGACUUGACACACAAAGGUCGCGUGACCGGGUCAUCCUUCAGUCUGGGAGCAAGGCCGAAGACACCGAAACGACGUGAUGUCAGUCCGGGUCCUGCAGCUUACAAUACCGACAUGGCCCCACUCUGGGAGAAGAACUCUCCAAAGUAUAGUCUCAGUCCCCGAACAUCUCCCAGACGUAUCGACGUAACCCCCUCCCCUGGGGCAUAUUCCCUACCCUCUACAAUAGGACCUAGAGUACCCCACAGGAACGGAGGACCAGCUUCUAGUAUACUAGGGAAAAAUACGUACGGUGGAUUUUCCUCAGACUGGGCAAAAACGCCCGGACCAGCUACAUACGGGGCACAUGAUCCAGGCCUCACGAAAAACCGAGGGCCUUCAUAUAGUCUAGGGGCCAAGGCGAAACCUGUACCUGAUAAAGAUAAUUUCCCAGGACCCGGGAGAUACAGUCCAGAAAAAGUGACAGUUCACAUGGAAAACAGCCCUAGGUACCCUAUCGGGGUGCGCCAUUCCCAGUUUGCCAUGCCUGUUAUGCCCCUGGCUGAUGUUCAGUGA